AUGUUUUUCCGCCGGGUGUUUGCAAAGAACACCGCUAGUUCCUCAAGCAGCGGUGACAGUGUGUCUUCGGCGACAGGUAACCCUGCUCGGGGAAACAUGCACAAUCCGGGAAUGUCCUCUGGUAAUGUGCCUCUGGAGUCACCGGCCCGUUAUCGGCGGGCGCUCAAUGUCGAGAACAAUCAUCGGGUGUUAUCCGUGUUACAACUGACGCCGCUGUGGGAGUACAUCAUUCGCAACAAUGAGCUGCCGGUUGGGCUCAACAUGAACGAACUUUUCCGCGAGUUUCUGGAACGGCUACAUGAUCCCGAAUUUCAAGUGCGCCAGCAUGCACUGCGAGUCUUGAUUGACGUGAUCAUAGUGCUACGAGACGAGACAGAUGUAUAUUUCGCGCCACUUCUGCCACCAAUUAUUGACAAUCUAGGCCAUCCUUCUCCCGCCGUGCGGAAGGGCGCAUUAGACGUGCUGAAAGUGUACAUUGCGCAAACCAAGCUGCCAGAAACGGUGAUGCUGGAAAUCAUGAACUACGGCAUGGACCGAAAUCCCAAGGAUCCGCUCAGCAGUCGCUACAUCGUGGGUGUUAUGCUGGCCUUGCCCUCGCUCAUUCAGCCCGCCAUUCUUACCGCGAAAAGAACGUUCAUACUGCGAGCCGUGAUAAACGCACUUGGCGGAAAGAUGGUACAGAUCACCUACCAAGAGAUUGCGCUAAAAAUCUUGCUCAAAAUCAAGAACACGAUCGGGUCCCGAGAGUUUUACGAAUGCAUUUCCGUUGCUUAUCGGCGUGAUUUCGAUCUGUUGUGUAACGUGUAUGGUCUACCAAACCCGCCCAAAAGUCCUCGGCGCGAUCCGAUAAUUCCUCCAGGAGAGCUACCUCUGGGCAGUGUUGCGGUGCGAAAGUCGUGGAAACCGGCCGGUGCUUCAGGGACACUCGCUUCCCAGCAGCAUCUUUCGCCAAAGGCGCAGCGGUGGAAAUCUGGCAGCUUCAGCGACGUCUCACACACGGCGCCAAUCGGAAAUCCGGUAAGGGUAGCUGGUUUGUCACAUCGAAUCGGCUCGGACGAAAGGCUGCCACAUCACGACUACGUCCUUAGCAAAGGACCAUCCGGGGGACCAUUGUUACGUCGCGUAAGCUUGGAGAAUAUUGACGACUCAAAGGUGAUCAUGGAGACGGAAAUUAAGAUCAACAAGGAAUCGGUCACCAUGCGCAUCCUGGAGGCAGAAAACUCCAACUCCAACUCUAUAAGCGAGGAAAGCGAGGAAGAUAACUCAAAUAAACGUUUCGGAGUGGUGCGAGUACUCACGGAUAGUGAACUGGAGGAUAGUGUCACAGUUAAGUCCAUAGGAGGGAACCACGACACGAUGCAGCAAGAACUACUGCAGUCCUCUGAUGCGGAAUACAUUAGGAGAACGCCACGACGAGUGCGAUUCGGUGGCGAGAUCGUGAAAAUGCGCACCCCGGACAGUGAUACGUUCGAUCAAAGCGAUCAAGAUGCACUAACAUUAUCGCAAAUCUCCAAACACUCGAGCCCGCAUAUGUUCUCAUCGACGGCUUCAGAAGCAACGUCUUCGGUGAUCGUGCCCCCUCCGCGAUCAUCCCUCAAAUCAGCCUCGUUGUCCUCCGAACAGAGCAGCACCGGCUACUCAAAGGGGGCGAUACGACGGCAAUACUCCCAAUCGGCAGAUACUGAACGAUCUUCUCCUCCGAGCACGAUACUGGUGUCUUCUGAUUGCAAUAGCAGCAUUACGAGCAGGCCGCGGCCUUCGUCGGCCAAAUCUACCCUCAACAUGUCCUGUACUGAGAUUAAUUCCGGAUCCGAUCCAGAAGACAACGUGUCUCAGUCGAUGGCAACAAGCAGCAUCGGAGAACAGAAGGAAGUGUUUGUAGCUUCCACAUACAGGCCACAUACGCGUCCGAAAUCUUCUCUUGCUCGGCCAAAAUUAACGAAAACUUUCUCCGCGGAUGUGAUAGACAUAGAGAAACGGCCUGAAACCGCAGGUCAACCAGCGCCGUCACAGGUGCCACCAAGUGAGAAUCGUCCCAAAUCACCAGAAUCGGUAGUCCCAGCGCCUCUUGAUGCCAGUUCCAUGCUCGCCGACAAAAUUGAACAGGUCAAACAAGCCAUUCAGGGCAUUGAGAAUAAGAUUAACAAUGUUGUGCUGAAGAAAUCAGACUCCGCCGAUAAGGCACAAGAGCAGGUGCAUGCAGAAACUCCGAGAUUGGAACCGAAUCUCUCGCUCGAGGUGCUCAUGAAAACAAACAGCACUGAAAAUGCCGAAAAUUUAGAACAGGAUCCCUCCCAGGCUGAGCACAACGAGAAGGACUACACCAAAGAGCUCAACAUUGAAAUACCGACAGAGGAGAAGCUGCAGAAUGCACCUCCACCGUCGCCAAAGCCAUCCAGCAAUAGCGAGGAUACUGCAGGACAGCUCAAAUCUGCACCGAGAAUUAUACGCUCCGGGAUUCCUCGGUUGCAUACGAUGCCUUCUCCGAAAACGUUGCGCAGAACGCAACCAGAUAACGGUGGCGGUUUGAGGUCACCUACAGCAGCAGGGAUCGCUGCUAAGGGCCAACUCAAUCCUCCUGCCACAGAGGACCGGGGACGAACGCGGUUACGAAGUCGUUCAGCGACAUCUAUCUCCUUGCAGCGAAGCAUCUAUAUUAGUCCGUCUUCACUCAGCCCUAAGCCACACAGUGGCAUUGAGAUCAUGCAUAAUCUCUUACGAAGCCCUUCUACGUCGCCGCAUCGCAAUCGGCGCAAAAGCUCGGCCAUCAGUGAAAAAUCUCUCGACUCACUGGUAUCGGGCGAUAAGAACAAUAACAGCCAACCCAUGUCCACCGAAGGGCUCGAUGGGCGCACAGACAAAUGCAUCAAUGUUAACGAGGAUGACAUUUUCGAUGUCUUUGGCAAAACCAUAGCAACACAAACGUCCGUCGAUGGAAUGAGUGAGCCACCGUUCGUGCCCUUCAGUCGGGCGCCUUCACAGGCCACAUUGGCACAACUCAGUGCAUCCGGAAUAGACGAUGGAAAGGUCGCUUCAUAUUCUAUGGACGCAGGACACCAUUCGAUCGAGGUGCGUCCUAUUUCUCCCAGGUCAUUCCAAAAUCAUCAAAUCGUCAGCUCCUGGGAGGAUUUGGGAAUAGUGGACCGUAUGACACAUUUUCAGCUGAAAAGUGCAGACUGGCGACAACGAUCUCAAGGAUUCUGCUGUAUCGAGGAAGCGCUUAAAUCAUCCGACAAUCUGGCGAAAGUUCAACCGUACUUAGAAUCAUUGUUGCGCACGUUGCUAACUUCGGAACGAAAUCCUGACGUUAUAGAAGAUAAGAUACGAAUGCUGGUCAACCUAGUAUCGCGGCUUCCGCUCGAGAACCUGGAAGAUCGAGUAGGACAAAUUAUGACCGGUUUAUGCCGACAAGGCGGUCCAGGGAGCAAUACGGUGGCGAAGGCGUUGAUGCAACGAUUACCCACGGCUGCCAUCGUGCAACGACUACUCUCGGAUGAUUUCCUGCAUGCCAAAAAUUCUAAGUUCCGUGAGAAUGCAUUGCAAACUGUGCUGUUUGCACUAAUGACAUUCCCAAGUACCUAUUUUGAUAUCAAUUCCCUCAUUACCCGGGCAACGGAAGCGGCACUAGACCGGAAGAAACGUGUACGGCACGCUGCACUGGACGUUCUUGCUGUGCUAGGACAAAUUAGCUCUCCUAAAUUAGUUCUAGACGUUGUCUGUGCCGCAGUGGGUACGCGCCCGGAGGGCAACCAUUUGAUCACUGCCGUCAAAGCACGCCUAGCUCGGAAACAGCUUCCAUUUAUUGGUCCGGACGACAGCGUGGAGUACGCGAUUAAGGUGCCAUCCAGUCGUAGCAGCACAGUUAUUAUGUUCGGAGCCGACGUCGACUGGAUUGAGGCAGGAAGUGGGUCAGCAUCACCCACCUUAAACGCACCUGGCCGACACAAAUAUCCUAGCUUCCAAGUUGAGAAAAGUUCCUUUGACGACACGAGGCAGAAACCGAGCUUUAAAGUGUUUGAAGAAAUCAAGCAAUCAAGCGAUUUAACAAAGCAUGUGACAAAUCCUGGAUGGAGUUCCAAAAUCCCCGUCUCAUACUCGGACAAUGUUACCCAUCAGGCUGCGUCCAAUACCUCACGACCUCUCCACAGCAACGGCCAGUCCAUCAGGCCGUAUACCGAGAUGUUGGAUGGCAAACAGUUGGAGCUAUAUCCUGGAAAAUUUGUUACCAGUACCAACCGUAAAAUAGAAGGUCUUUUUUCCGGCAUUCCACAAAUCGCCAAUGGCAAAAUUUCACGCAAUGGAACGUCAUCGUGCAGAUUUCCCGAAAUGGACCAAAAGGCGAUAGGCAAAUCCUUGGCCAUCAAAAAUAGCAAUCCUUACGAAAUAAAAAUACCUCGUUCGCGUGGUAAACUGCAUUCUCGUAACAGCGAUGGGUUCAUGAGUGAUACCAUCGCUAGUGCCAAUAAGCAGGUGAACAAUGACAUCCGACCUUCUACCGAUCCGAUGGUGGAAAACGAGGGCUUUAGACAAUCGAGAUGUGGAAUGCGGUUCUACAACCCCAACUUAAUGGGAAGCCAUAACAAACAGCAAACGAAUACGCAUGUGCAGAAGCAAGAUUUAGAUCAGCGUCCCAAUUUAUCACCGAGUAACAACUAUAACAACCAUCAUACUGCUGCCAGCAGCGGGACAAACAAUCGAAGCAACAGUGCGAGCCACGGCGGAACGAAGAAUUACUAUUGCGAGACAAAUGUAAGGGCCAGUAGUGGCACUGCACCUAGUACACCUCGUCGGUCCCGUUUUCUUGGAGAGAAUCAUUCAGUGCCUGUCAUUAACCAGGAGAGCUACAUCAUUCACCGAGACGAAAACUAUGAUAGUGACCAGGACGAACGGUCUAGUAAUGAUUCAACUUCUACCAGAAUCAUUUCCAACAGUAUUUUUAACUUCCGUGACCCAUCUCGUGUGACGAUCAAUGGAGAAGGACAGCAUCCUAUUGCUUCCGGUUCCGUAGAUCGGAACAGUCGACUUGCGCCGUCCGCGUCAAGGCCGCAAUCGGUUAAUUCACAUAAGGCCAUAGAUUCGGCGGUCCACCGACAAUCACAGUCGGAUGGACGACAUUCACGUGGUAGCAACAUUUCCUAUAGUAACACAUCCACCAAAAACAACUCCGCUGGAGACACCAUUUCGCUCAAGUCGAACCGUUCACUUACGGACAGGGAAGUCUCCAACGAACGUCGAGACGAUGGAUGGUACGAUGAAAGAGCUGCGACACCAAUCCACAGUGAAAUGGAUGGUAUCAGUUCGAACCAGAUUCAGUAUGAAUCCGAUUACGACGAGGAAGAUGAACAGGAUCGUAAGGUUGAUGCAGGUGUAAUUUUUAAGCCACCCUGCACACCAAAACGUUAUCCAACACCAAGUCCCCAUCCGUUGCAAGGAUCAUAUUCUACGGAAGAGCUGUCAACCAAUCGUAGUAGCUACAAUCGGCUUGAACAUGACGAAGGUGAAGAAGUUGAAUUAUCACAUAACAGAAGUCGCUUACAGUCGACCAGCAUGCGAAAUUUGCAGCAUCUCGAACCCCAAGAAGACUUGGAGGAAUCCGUCAUACCUUUGGCAUCGAAAAAGGUACACAAAAAGCCUUUUCUGGUUCGAAGGAGUAGCAAGAUCGCUCCAGUCAAAGAAGUAGUAUCCGGAGUGAAGGCAAAGAACAAGCUUAACGAAGUGAUAUUUCAAAAAACGCUGCGAAAAUUUGAAAAACCCAAAGAUGCCUUAAGCAAUUGCCUUGCGCAUUUGGAAAGCCCGAAUUGGGAGCAGAACAUCAGUGGGCUACAGUUCUUUGUUCGGCUCAUACGACACCAUCCGGAAGUCAUCGAUACACAGAUACAUCUGCUUUCAGUGGCGUUGGCCAAGCAAGUGCGUAACUUACGAUCGCAAGUUGCACGUGCUGCAUGCCAAGCAUCGGGAGAGUUUUUCUCUACUCAUCGACGUUGCCUUGAAGGAGAAGCGGAAGAUAUUGCCACUCAUCUGCUUCACCGUACGGCUGACACGAAUAAGUUCCUGAGAGCCGACGCAACACAGGCAUUAGAGUCGAUGUGCGAAAACGUGUCAGUUCCCAAGGUGGUCCAUAUCAUUGCAUUCAAAGGAGCCACUCAUCAAAAUGCAGUUGUCCGAACAACGGCUGCCAAAUUGCUAGAUAAGGUUGUGCAGCAGAUAUCUAGCGAGAAAGUGUAUACACUGCCGAAAGAAACCCGGGACAAGUUAAUACUAACUGGAGCUCAUCUGCUUCUCGAAGGGUCACUGGAGACUCGCAACUACACGAAGAACAUGUUCAAACAACUUUCCGAUCAUCCGAGUUACAGCAAAGUAUUAUUAGAAGUGAUACCUCCACGGACCUAUAGAAAUAUUGAGAAAUCACUGAACAGCAUUCGUCAAAUGCCCUGAAAUGCAAUCGACAUAAUCCUCAGAAAAUAAUGCACACACAGUUUAUC